CUGCCCUCAAUUUGUGUCAAUCAAACUGGAAGGGUACCGCAAAUAGAAAUCGACCAUACGGCACAGUCCCCUUUAGCACGAGGUAAUUGUUGAAAAUGACCCCUCUUCCUCUGACCAAUGAUUUCCUCAGCACCCCAACGCCAGAUUUCCUUAUAAGAACUGACCGUUGACCGCCAGAGACUCUGUGACUCUCUGUGAAUUCCUUGUAUCAACCUUUUAGUUGGGACGAUCAACUUGACGGGUUUUCAAGCCAUAAGAAGCUCUGUAAGUGGAAUCGACGUUGAAGGACUUAUCCUUAUCCUGAUGGAAUGAAUUCGCAACUGAUAAUACUUCCAAGACAUCGAGACUCCUGGGUAAUAUCCCGUAGUAACGAAAAUGGUCGGCAGAAUACAACAACGCAUCGAGGAGAAUUGCAAGACCAUUUGGGGAGAUCACGUUUAUGAAAUCGACUAUGAGACGGAUGACAAUGAGGUCUUCCAAUACUUUGUUCUGCGAGAUUAUGGAAGCUCAUUCGGCCCAGCAUUGACAAUGACCUUGCUCUGUCACUCUGAAGAGGCUGCUUAUAGGGAAUUGGACCGAAUGUUAGGGAUAUGGGCAGCACAGGUCAGACGAGGGACGCCCAUGACAAAAGAGGAGAGCCUGGAGAUAUUUGGUGGUCCAAGAGGGGAGUGUAAGCGAGUCUUGGAGGAAUUUUGGAGUGCAUCAGCAGCAAGUCAGGCUGCUGUUCAAUCUACCGAGUCUCGGGGGGAGCAGGUUGACGGGGAACAGGCACAUGUUACAAAGUAAAUUCUUGAUGCAUAGGUUGGUCGUGGCAUUAUCAUUGGUCGAAGAACCCAUUCCCCGAAUGACCGGUCUUCUGCCAAGGCCAGCAGCACAAACGCUAUCUAGAAUAAACCCAUUCGCUUAUCCCUAAUCAAAGAGGU